CGCAAAUGGCAAUUCAGAGAAUUGAGAUGAUUUUCGUGGUGUCGGCUAUGCUUUGUAUAACAGGAGUCAUAGCUCAGUCUUCGAGCUGCACAACUGUCCUGAUUAGCUUGUCACCGUGCCUUAACUACCUCUCAAAGAACUCUUCGACUCCUUCUUCAAGCUGCUGCUCUCAGCUUGGAACCGUUGUUCGAUCAUCACCACAGUGUCUUUGUGAGGCACUCAACAGCGGUGGCUCCUCUUCCGGGCUUAACAUUGAUCAAACGCGAGCAAUUGCACUUCCGGGAGCUUGUAAUGUUCAAACUCCGCCCUUAAGCAGCUGCAAUGUUGGUUCACCAGCAAAUUCUCCAGCAGGAUCUCCAGGAAAUCAAAACAGAGUCCCUUCAGAUUCUGGGUCCAAAACUACACCUUCAACUAACAAUGGCCCUUCUUCAAAGAUGGCAAUCUCCCUGCUCUUUGUAGCCAUUUGUAUUGCUUAUUUCGGAUCCAGUGUAUCACUAUUUUGA